AUGAUAACGAGUGGUAAUGCAUCGCAAACAUCCUCCGGGAGAGUCAUGGUCAGCCCAUGCGGUAGUACCCCCAACGAAGCGCGAACAAACGGAUGCCACUUUGACGUCAUUUCAUUCAACUGGCUGCCUACGGAAUGUUACGACGCCGAUCUCUCGAUAGAAUUCGACCAAAUCAAUGCUUUGGAGUGGUUUCUGGAUCCGAACCGAACACAGCCGCUCACCCAUGACCAGAUUAUGACGGGUGAACACACCGGCCUGUAUGUGAAUUGGGAAUACCAUCUUCGCCACUGCACAGCUAUGUGGAAGAAAAUGCAUCGCACAAUGAUGGGGGAAUCGGGUGCUCGUGGGAUUGAUUCCUAUAUUAGUUCUUAUGAGCACACAAAGCAUUGCGAGCAUAUGCUUCUUGGAGGUCAGGGCAUUGCAUUCGACGCGAUCAACACAAGGAUUCGUGUCAAGUAUCCCGACUGCGAGAUUCUAUAG